UGGCAGGCUGUGAGGAGCAGUGGCACAUCUCCCUGCGGCCGUGCUCCCGACUCACCCAGCAGAAGGUGUGGCUGGGCUGCGUGCUCCUGACUCCCGGCUCUCCUGCUCUGUCUGUUCCUGGUGGGUUUGGCGUGAUGGAGAUGCCCUGAGCCGUCACCCCAGGAGCUUCAGGCCUGGAUGUUGGUGCUGCUCCUCCCGGACGAUGUGGCUGAUACUCUGGAGAAGCCCUCUCUUGGCCCCCGUUCUCCAGGUGCUUGAGCUGGUGGCCGGCUGGGACCUGCGUUUCACCCUCUGGGUCCUGAGCUUCGCCUCGGCGGUCGUGCGGAUGGAGGGACAGGUCUAUUCACCCACCGUCAACACACACUAUGGGAAGUUACGGGGGGUGCGGGUGCCGCUGCCCAGUGAGAUCCUGGGGCCCGUGGACCAGUACCUGGGGGUGCCUUACGCCGCCCCCCCCAUCGGGGAGAAGCGAUUCAUGCCCCCCGAGCCGCCGCCGUCCUGGUCAGGCAUCAGGAACGCCACCCACUUCUCACCAGUCUGCCCCCAGAACAUCCACAACGCCGUUCCUGAGAUCAUGCUGCCCAUCUGGUUUACCUCCAAUCUGGAUAUUGUGGCCACGUACAUCCAGGACCCCAACGAAGACUGUCUGUACCUCAACAUCUACAUCCCCACGGAGGAUGGAGCCAGCGCUAAGAAACAGGGCGAGGACUUAGCGGAUAAUGACGGUGAUGAAGACGAAGACAUCCGGGACAGCGGGGCCAAGCCGGUGAUGGUUUAUAUCCACGGCGGCUCCUACAUGGAGGGCACGGGGAACAUGAUAGACGGCAGCGUCCUGGCCAGCUACGGCAACGUCAUCGUCAUCACCCUCAACUACCGCGUUGGAGUGCUCGGGUUCCUGAGCACGGGGGACCAGGCUGCCAAGGGCAAUUAUGGGCUGCUGGACCAGAUCCAGGCGCUGCGCUGGGUCAGCGAGAACAUCGGCUUCUUCGGGGGAGACCCCCUGCGCAUCACCGUCUUCGGCUCCGGCAUCGGCGCCUCCUGCGUCAGCCUGCUCACCCUCUCCCAUCACUCUGAAGGUCUCUUCCAGAGAGCCAUCAUCCAGAGCGGCUCCGCGCUCUCCAGCUGGGCGGUGAACUACCAGCCUGUGAAGUACACCAGCAUGCUGGCUGACAAGGUGGGCUGCAAUGUGCUGGACACGGUGGACAUGGUGGACUGCCUGCGGCAGAAGAGUGCCAAGGAACUGGUGGAGCAAGACAUCCAACCGGCUCGUUACCAUGUGGCCUUUGGGCCAGUCAUCGAUGGGGACGUGAUCCCAGACGAUCCGGAGAUCCUGAUGGAACAGGGCGAGUUCCUCAACUACGAUAUCAUGCUGGGGGUCAACCAAGGCGAGGGGCUGAAGUUCGUGGAGGGUGUUGUGGACCCUGAGGAUGGCGUCUCAGGCAGUGACUUUGACUACUCGGUCUCCAACUUCGUAGACAACCUGUACGGCUACCCUGAGGGCAAGGACACCCUGCGGGAGACCAUCAAGUUCAUGUACACAGACUGGGCUGACAGGGACAACCCCGAGACACGUCGCAAGACUCUGGUGGCCCUCUUCACUGACCACCAGUGGGUCGAGCCAUCAGUGGUGACAGCUGACCUGCACGCUCGCUACGGCUCCCCAACCUACUUCUACGCCUUCUACCAUCACUGCCAGAGCCUGAUGAAGCCUGCGUGGUCCGACGCGGCCCACGGCGACGAGGUGCCUUACGUGUUCGGGAUUCCCAUGAUUGGCCCCACAGAUCUCUUUCCCUGCAACUUCUCCAAGAAUGAUGUCAUGCUCAGUGCCGUGGUGAUGACCUACUGGACCAACUUUGCCAAGACAGGGGAUCCCAACAAACCCGUUCCCCAGGACACCAAGUUCAUCCACACCAAGGCCAACCGGUUUGAAGAAGUAGCCUGGUCCAAGUACAACCCCCGCGACCAGCUGUACCUGCACAUCGGGCUGAAGCCACGGGUACGUGACCACUACCGGGCCACCAAAGUAGCUUUCUGGAAGCACCUGGUCCCCCACCUGUACAACCUGCACGAUAUGUUCCACUACACCUCCACCACCACCAAAGUGCCGCCGCCCGACACCACGCAGAACUCCCACAUCACUCGCCGGCCCAACGGCAAGAUCUGGACCACCAAGCGCCCGGCCAUCUCACCCGCCUACAACAGCGAGAACGGGAAGGAGAAGUGGAGCCCGGAGCAGGAGGCGGGCACCGUGCUCGAGAGUCCCCGCGACUACUCCACGGAGCUGAGCGUCACCAUCGCCGUGGGCGCCUCCCUCCUCUUCCUCAACGUCUUGGCCUUCGCCGCCCUCUACUACCGCAAGGACAAGCGCCGGCAGGACACGCACCGGCAGCCCAGCCCCCAGCGCGGCGCCGCCAACGACAUCGCCCACGCGCCCGACGAGGAGAUGCCAUCCUUGCAGGUGAGCCAGGGGCACCACGAGUGCGAGGCCGUGCCGCCCCACGACGCCCUGCGCCUGGCCGCUCUGCCCGACUACACCCUCACCUUGCGCCGCUCUCCGGACGACAUCCCGCUCAUGACCCCCAACACCAUCACCAUGAUCCCCAACUCGCUGGUGGGGCUGCAGACCCUGCACCCUUACAACACCUUCACCGCCGGUUUCAACAGCACGGGGCUGCCGCACUCACACUCCACCACGCGGGUAUAGCCGCCCCGCGCCGGCGCACGCACGCACGCACACGCACGCAGCAGACACUGGCAGAGGCAUCGGCGGGGCGGGCGCAGCCCCGGGCACGGAGGCGCGGCGCCCACGGACCAUGCGGCACCGAGGCCAGAGACCCGCGGGGUGCCGGCGCGGCUGGCCGGGUGCCCACUCUCCUCCCCACGGCGUUUUCUUCCAUCCCUGUUUAACUUUUGAG